GCGGCGGUGGCUUGCUCAUGGCGGAUGAGCAAGGCAACGUGCACCUCAACACAACAAGCAGUGGUGUCAGUCCAGCUGCCAGGGGGCAGGCGCCCAAAGUGGUGCUGAACGGAGUGGAUGUGGUGGGCCAGCUGUCGUCAAUGGCACGGCAGACGCAAGCGCUGCAACGCUACUGCGCGCUCCGGCCCCACGCUGUCGACACCACCAGCAUCGCAGGCCUCACGGGCACGCGCAAGUGGCAGGGCGGUGUGCUUGUGCCACGAAACAACAGCAAUACUGGCAGCACCACCAACAGCGGCACUGCCGGCACCACCAGUCGCAGUGGCCACGGCACCAUCUAUGCCAUCCCCAACCUGGCGGACCAAGUGCUGAUCAUUGACACGCGCACGCGCACAGUAGACACCACGUCCAUCACCGGCAUCAACGCCGUGGUCGGCCCUGUGGGCGGCGGCAAGUGGACUGGCGGCGUGCUUGCGCGCAACGGCUUGAUUUACUGCACGCCAACAGGCGCGGCCGCUGUGCUCAUCAUCAACCCCACCACCAACACCAUCGACCUCACGUCCAUUGCCAACCUGCCGAGCGUUCCCAACAAGUGGGUGAAGGGCGCCCUGCUUCCCAACGGCCUCAUCUACGCCCCACCUGCUGACGUUGACAGCAUGCUCAUCAUCGACCCACAGAGCAACACCGCAGACUUGACCAGCAUCAGCAGCCUCCCGUCUGGCGAGAAGAAGUGGACGGACAUCGUGCUUGCAGGCAAUGGCAUGCUCUACUGCAUCCCGGGCGCAGCCACCUCCGUGCUUAUCGUCGACCCAUCCACAAACGCCUUUAAUCACACCACCAUCGGCGGGUUCUCCACAACCAUCUGGAAAUGGGUUGGUGGCGUGCUUGCAGGCAACGGCAAGGUCUACGGCAUCCCCUACAACCACCGCGGCGUGCUUGUCAUUGACCCGGCCACCAACACGGCCGACACCACGGCUCUUGGCACGCACGCUGGCAUGCUUCCGCUUUGGGCUGGCGGCGUGCUCAGCGAGGACAAGUCGACCAUCUACGGCGUUCCGUUUUCGUCCACGUCCGUGCUGCUCAUCGACACGUUGCGGAACACCACCGACACAACAACACUUGCGGGGCUCUCUGACCAGGAGUGGAAGUGGUCCUUUGGCGUGCUUGCAGGCAACACUGUCUUUGGUAUUCCCUUUCAAGCUGACCAUGCCCUCAUCAUCCCCUCACUCUGCUGACUAAAUUGUUGUGCGUGUGUGUGUGUGUGUGUGUUGUGUGUUGUGUGUAUGUGUGUGUGUGUGUGCGUGUGUAUGUGUGUGUGCGUGUGUUGUGUGUAGGUGUGUGCGUGUGUUGUGUGCAGGUGUGUGCGUGCGUG